AUGGCAACCUACACCGUAACUGAGGACGAACUGUGGCUCGACUCCUUGUGCUUCCCGCACAUCCUCGACCGGAUCGUGGAACUGGCACCGCCAGCUGCGCUGCUGGCGCUGCGAGGUGUCAGUCGCUCAUUGCGUUCGCAGGCGGACGCUCGUCUGGGCACCCACAUCGUCGCCGACUUCAGCUCCGAGUCUGGUCCGGUGCAAUGGGCACUCCGCUCGCAGCUUGGCGGCAAGCUGCCGGUCAAGCUGACCUACCACGAUCUCUCGAUCCCCUACCUUCCGUCAGCGGUCGAGCGCGGGCUUCGUUCUCCGCAGACCCCUACCGUGCGCCUUGUCAACAUCGACGCCGAUGGUAAUGUCGUGCCGCUGCACGAUGGACUGGCGCAGCCGCAACCAGAGUACACCAGCCGGCACUUCGCUCUCACCGACGCGGGCGGUUUGAAGCCUCCUGAGGUUCUUUCUCUCCGUCUGCAUGCCUACGGUGACACGAGGAUCAACGUCACUUUCCCCCCGCCCUUCGCGGAGACUCCACGAACGCUUCGCGCCCACUGUGGCUCUUUGGCCGGGGACGGCCGCGUUGUUGUCCCGAACUGGACUGGUCACCAGGAGUGGCCGCACCUCCCCGGGUUCCCUGGCGUCGACCGUGUCGUCCUCUUCUCUGAGAUCGGCAGGCGAACGCAAUGGGGCGUUGCGCUGCCGUACACUGCCGCCGUGGACGAGACGGGUACCCGUGUGGCCACGACCCGCGUUGCGCCGCCGGGCGGCAUCCUCAAGGUCGUCAACACGAUCCGCCUCCUGAGCGACGCAGACGGUAACGCGAGGACGUUCGACAACUGCGCUCUUGUCCGGAACGUUGACCCGGGGGCGCGGUACGAGUACGUCUUCAUCUUCGACCCUGCGGAACCGACCCUGGCGGCGCUCAAGGAGACGGUGCACCACGAGCUUGGUGUGCUGAGCUGCGUGCUCGUAAGUCUGGACUGGAACGUCGCCCGGAACCCCGUCACGUUUGUCGGUGUGGACGCUAUCGACCCGCGUCUGCUCGGUCUGCCUCGGCAAUCAUGCCGUCAUGAGGUCGAGGAGGCGGUCCGUGCUAAUGUUGAGAGGCGAAGCCACAAGCAGGUCCACAUUGCCCAAAUGCUGCAUGCCGACCCCGAGGGACUGCACGGCUUCGCUCAGAGGAUACGCUUCCUCAGCCACCGCGAAUACAAGGUUGAGGUUGGGGAGGAGAACUAUGACCUCGAAGCUAGGUGGGACGUGCCCGUGCAGAUGCUGUAA